AUGCCCGCAGACCCCUCCGCCGUGGCCCCGCCCCCGCCCCCCGCCCAAGACCAGUUCAUCACUGACCAGGACGUCGCCGACAGCGGCGCUGAAGACGACGAAGACUCCGACAAGCCAAAGUCGGACAAGAAGGCAGGGCGGCGGAAGAUCAAGAUUGAAUUUAUCCAGGAUAAAUCGAGAAGACACAUCACGUUCUCAAAAAGGAAGGCUGGCAUCAUGAAAAAGGCCUACGAGCUCUCCACCCUCACCGGCACCCAGGUCCUUCUGCUCGUUGUUUCCGAGACUGGUCUUGUGUACACCUUCACCACCGCCAAGCUCCAGCCCCUCGUCACCCAGCCAGAGGGCAAGAACCUCAUCCAGGCUUGCCUCAAUGCACCCCCCGGCACCCUCCCCUCCUCCAUGCCCAUCGGCCAGCCCCUAGGCAGGAAUCCCACCAUGGGCGUCCCCGCCCACCACAGCAACGUCCCUGGCGGUCUUGCUAUCGGGGGCGGGGGAAAGGAAGAGGAGGGCGAGCAGGAGGACGAGGGCGAUUCCCGCGGCAACAAGCGCCGCCGUCAUUCUACCACCACGCAGUCCGGCGGUCGUCACGGCCGCAGUGGGAGCGGUGCAGGCGUCGCGAACGCCCCACCCUCCCCACAUAGUCCCGUUCAGGCGAUGCCACCCUCCCUCUCCAUCCCCCACCCACAGCAAGGGAACCAACACUCUCAGCAGCAGCAACAGCAACAGCAGCCCCCACAGAUCGCCCUCGGGCCUUCGCCGACGACGACCUCGCCACAACAGCCGACCUCGCCGCACUACACACACGCCAGCCCGACACACUACAACGCGCCAAACCAGGACAUGUAUGGCACGCAGCCAGGCCUGAUGGCUCCACCGCCUGGUCCCCCCGCGUAUCCGUUUGGUACACAGGCCGGUCAGGGGGCACCGACGCACUGGACGCACGGGCCUGGCGCUGUGCAGGGGGGCUACAGGAGAUAG